CUGAACACUGAAGAAGACCACACAGAACAGAAACAAAACUGCGCUUGAGAGCAACAAUAAUGGGAGGAGGUGAACAUGGAUAUAAGAAGGGGUUCUGGAAUGUGGAUGAAGACAGAGUUCUAAUGAGUUAUGUCAAGGAACAUGGAAUGGGGAAAUGGAAUCGCAUAGCUAAAGUUACAGCAGGGUUGAAGAGAAGUGGAAAAAGUUGCAGAUUGAGGUGGAUGAAUUAUCUGAGUCCUGAUGUUAAGCGUGGGGGCUUCUCACAAGAUGAAGAAGAUCUUGUUAUUCGCCUCCACAAGCUCCUUGGAAACAGGUGGUCUUUGAUUGCUGGGAGAAUUCCAGGGAGAACAGACAACCAAGUGAAGAACUAUUGGAACACUCAUUUAAGCAAGAAGCUUGGUGUUAACAAGGGAAAAAGCAAGUUUCAUGCAUCUGAUCCACAAACUGUCCCUAAGGAACCAAAGGAAAAUUCAGAGUCAAUUGGUGAGGAAGAAGGUGAAAAGCAUUUGCAAGCAAGCUCAUGUGGAGAUAUGAGCUUUGCAAGCAUAUAUGAAGGGAUCAUGACAGAUGAUUUUGAAACUGCAUUUUGUUUUGCUAACACUGAUCAGCUGAAUCUUCAGAGCCCUUACUUUUCGGAGUCUUUUCUUCAAGAGUAUUUUCUUGGUCUUUGAUUGAGACAUCCUCUUCAGCAUGGCCCCUCCAAAUAAAUUUAUUAAUGUUUGGUCCAUAUAUUUAUUUUAUUUUUAUUGCAAAAAUAAUUGCAUCCCAGGUAUCUCUGAUUAUGUCAGUUUCACUACACAAUGCCUACACUGUAGUUUUGCACUUUUGCUAGUUGCACCAGGGUGAAGUCUUGGGUACCGUCCCAAAGAAUAUUAUUUUGUUCACAUGUGAUAUUUCGAUAUGUGGAAAUAGAUGAAGAGAA